AUGAGACGGCGACCAGAUGACGGACAGACGUCGUAUCGACUAUGUCUAGGUGGUUUUCACCAGCAGCAAGACAGGUUCCGGCACCUACGUAGGAUCAUGGAGCGCACCCAAGUUGCGGUGCCCGACAGUGUGUAUUCACGGACGGAGCCUACGUCAAUUGCAACGACAGAGCAAGAGCAGCCGCUUCCGCUUGCUCACAUGCUCUGCUUGACGGUGUCCACUUCAGGGGGCUACACAACUUUGAUUGCGUCCAAGCUGCGUCUCAAUCACACCGCACGCACUGUGGAUACCCAUGCGACGAAUGGACUGGAUGUCUCUGGUAGGCAAACUGGACCAGAGUCGCCAGCCGGACAGGUUCAACAGCACCGACUGGAAGACUACCUGGCGCCAAGUGAAGCUCCACGUACAUAA